CGCGCAACCGAGCGGGAGCAGUGCGCGCGGGUCGGAAGUCUCAUUCCGAGAGAACAGAGAAAAACAGAAAUAAAACAAUAAAGCAACAACAAAUAAACACUGUCAAAACUUUGCGAAUAUGGACCAUCACACAACAUAGCGAUACACGGACUGAUAAAGCAGCGUUAGGACUGAUAAAUAAGCGCAUAUAAGGCGGACUGAGGGGCGCCGGGGAAGAGUUGCCGUUAGCCGCUAAAUGCUAACGCACGAGACUAACUCACUGAUUUAUGAUUUGACUGAUUUCAGCGGGAUUUCACAGCUAUAAACCGCACAUUCUGAGGGAUAGAAAACACAGGAGUGGACGAGCUGUUAGUAGGACGUGUGUUAGUGAGUUUAAGAAGGCGGUUUUGGCAGUUUUAUCGGCGGCCGCUAGAGUCGAGGCCUGCUAUAUGAGGAGUUUUGGGUAGCAGUCAGGUAAACAACUCGGUUUUACUGUGAACGCAGCUCUUUUACACGUUUUAGGGCAGUAAAGUGGUCAAGAUGUCGGCCCAGGCUCAGAUGAGAGCCAUGCUGGACCAGCUGAUGGGGACUGGCAGAGAUGGCGACACGAUGCGUCAGAGGAUCAAGUUCACAGAUGAGCGUGUGUGUAAGAGUCACCUGCUGGAGUCCUGUCCGCACGAUAUACUGUCAGGAACUCGCAUGGAUCUGGGAGAGUGUGUGAAGAUUCACGAUCUGGCUCUGAGAGCAGAUUACGAGAUCGCUUCUAAACAGCAGGAGUUUUUCUUUGAGCUGGAUGCCGCUGAGCAUCUUCAGUCCUUCAUCGCAGACUGUGACCGAAGAACCGAACUGGCCAAAAAACGACUGGCAGAAACGCAGGAAGAGAUCAGCGCUGAAGUGGCCGCGAAGGCGGAGCGCGUGCACGAGCUGAACGAGGAGAUCGGUAAGCUGUUGGCACGUGCGGAGCAGCUGGGUGGCGAGGGGAACGUGGACGAGGCCCAACAGGUGCUGGAGAAGGUGGAGAAAACACGCACUCUAAAGAAAGAGGCAGAGGACAUCUACCGCAACUCCAUGCCUGCAUCCAGUUUCCAGCAGCAGAAGUUGCGUGUGUGUGAGGUCUGCUCUGCUUACCUCGGCCUCCACGAUAAUGACCGCAGACUCGCAGACCACUUCGGAGGAAAACUGCAUAUAGGCUUCAUCGAAAUCCGAGAAAAACUUGAAAAACUGAGGAAAGCUGUGACGGAGAAGCAGGAGCGCAUGCGCACGAAGAGGAGAGAGGAGCGCGACCGAGAGGAGGAGCGAGCCCGAGAGUGGGAGAUGGAGAGAGAGAGGGAGCGAGAGAGAGAACGGGAGAGGGAGAGAGAACGAGAGAGGGAGAGAGAGAGAGACAGAGAGAGAGACCGCAGGAGGUCCAGAUCCAGGAGUGGAGAACGCUAUCGGGAAGGGGGAAGCUCGUCUUCUCAUCGCUCUCGCCGUCAUCGUGAGGAUGGAGAGAGAGAACGGGAGCGAGAGAGAAAACACAGACACAAAGAUCGCCAUCGCUCUCGCUCUCAUUCACACAGGAGCAAGAGGAAGAGGUCUUCCCACACCAGAGAUCAGGAGCGUCCGCCGUCUGAGGAGCUGUGGAGGGAGAGCUGCGCUGUGGAGGAGCGGUGGCGGGAUGAUGGCCGGCGGGACACACAGCGAGAGAGAUCGCCCAGCACCGAGCUGAGCCGCAUGAGGGAGCGCGAGCGGUCUGUGUCUCUGGAGAGAGAACAGAGGUCCAGCUCUGAGGAGAGAGAGUCUGGAGAGAUCUAGAACACAGCCGUCUGAAAUCACAUGAUGCAGAGAGAGAGAGAGAGAGAGAGAGUCUGAAAAGAUCUAGAACACACUGAUCUAAAAACACAUGAUGCAUAGAGUGUGUGUAUGUGCGUGCGUGCAUGUGUGUGUGUGUGAGAGAGAGAAUGUGUGUGUGUGCUGCCUGUAAGUUUAAAUGUGUGGUCGCCCUUGUAUGUGAGUGUUUGUAAGAGUGAGUGUGUGUGCAUGCUUGUGUGUGUGAGAGACUCUGGGGAGAUCUAGAACACACUGAUCUGGAAACAGCUGAUCACAAUACUGUUAAUUUCGAGAGAGAGAGAGAGUGUGUGUGCGCGGCUGGGCACGCGUGAGGAUCUAGACCGAUCUAGAACACACUGAUUUGAAAACAGCUGAUGCGGAGAAAAAAAAAAAGAGUGUGAGUGUGCGCGUGCGCGCGCAUGCGUGUGUGUGCGAGCGAGCGAGAGAGGAUCUAGAGAGAUGUAGAACACACAGAUUUGAAAACAGCUGAUUUAAAGAGAGAGAGUGUGUGUGUGUGUGUGUGUGUGUGUGUAUGAGAGAGUCUGGAGAGAUCUAGAACACACUGAUCUGAAAACACAUGAUGCAGAGUGUGUGUGUGUGUGUGUGUGUGUGUGUGUGUGUGUGUGUGUGUGUGUGUGUGUGUGUGUGUGUGUGUGUGUGUGUGUGUGUGUGUGUGUGUGUGUGUGUAUGUAUGAGAGAGUCUGGAGAGAUCUAGAACACACUGAUCUGAAAACACAUGCAGUGUGUGUGUGUGUGUGUGUCAGAGAGAAAGUCUAAAGAAGUCUAGAACAACAGCUGAUCUCAAUCCGAUCUGGGUGUCCAGUGAAUGCAGAGAGAGAGUGUGUGCGCGUGUUUGAGUGUGUAUGCGUGAGAGAAAGUGUGUAAGAGUGUAUGUGCGCCUGCUAGUGUGUGCGUGUAAGAGUGUAUGUGUGGUCGCCCUUGUAUGUGAGUGUUUGUAAGAGAGUUUGUGUGUGUGCAUGAGUGUGUAAACAAUUGCUUGUGUGUGUGUCAGAGUCUUGAAAACUCUAGAACAACAUCAGAUCACAAUCAGAUCAUCCUUGUGUGUGUGUGUGUGUGUGUGUGUGUCAAAGAGUCUAGAAAAAAUCUAGAACAACAUCAGAUCAUCCAGUGAAAGGUGUGUGUGUGAGUGAGAAAGAGUCAAAAUAUGUGUGAGCCUCCUUGAGUGUGUGUGUGGGAGAAAGUGUGUAUGUGUGUAUGCGUGUAAGAGUGCAUGUGUGGUCGCCCUUGUAUGCAAGUGUUUGUAAGAGUGAGUGUGUAAACGAUUGCUUGCUUGCGUGCGUGUGUGUGUGUGUGUGUGUGUGUGAGCUGCAUCAUUAUUUGGCCCUCUGACAGCCGGAGUUGCUCUGAUCUUCUCUGCAAACCAAAAGAACAGCUGAGGGAAGGGGACGGGCGCGUUUAGACGUAGUUCAAUUUUUUAUGUUGCAAAGAAAAUGAAAAUAAGAGCAGGCGGAGGAAGAAAAGCCCUGCGGGAUAGAAAAGCACCACUCAAGACGUCUUGUUCAUCAUUUUACAUCUGGUUAUCUUUAUUUCCCUUUUUAUUAAAGCUCUUUGAAUGACUGGCUUUGACGUGGAGGUUAUUCUUUUGCUCUUCUGUUCAUUUAACCUGAGCUGAGCUGUAAACCUGGAUUCAAAUGUGAUUUCUUUUCUUUCCUCCUACAAAACCACACCAGUGUCUGCACACACGGGGCUCCGCACGCGUUUCUGACUGGGUUGUUACAUGCUUUGCGGCGGUGCGUGAUGCGCGCGGAGCUCCUCUUUCCCCUUUGGAUCACUCUUUGGUUUUGCGGUGUUGAGCGGUUGUCUUCAAAUCUUCAUCUUGCCUUGUCGUUCAUGCUAUGAAACAAUAAAUCUCUUGCUUUCAUUGUUUAAA